GUUAUUGUAGUUGCUGUAGUUGUUGUAGUUGCUGUAGUUGCUGUAGUUGUGUAGUUGCUGUAGUUGUGUAGUUAUUGUAGUUGGUGUAGUUGUGUAGUUCCUGUAGUUGUUGUAGUUGUGUAGUUGUUGUAGUUGCUGUAGUUGCUGUAGUUUCUGUAGUUGCUGUAGUUGCUGUAGUUGUGUAGUUAUUGUAGUUGCUGUAGUUGCUGUAGUUGUGUAGUUAUUGUAGUUGCUGUAGUUGUUGUAGUUGCUGUAGUUGCUGUAGUUGUUGUAGUUGUUGUAGUUGCUGUAGUUCCUUUAAUUGUGUAGUUCCUGUAGUUGUGUAGUUGUGUAUUUCCUGUAGUUGUUGUAGUUGUGUAGUUGUUGUAGUUGCUGUAGUUGCUGUAGUUUCUGUAGUUGCUGUAGUUGCUGUAGUUUCCGUAGUUGCUAUAGUUUCUGUAGUUGUUGUAGUUGCUGUAGUUGUGUAGUUGCUGUAGUUGUUGUAGUUGUUGUAGUUGCUCUAGUUGCUGUAGUUCCUGUAGUUGUGUAGUUAUUGUAGUUGCUGUAGUUGUGUAGUUGCUGUAGUUGUGUAGUUCCUGUAGUUGUGUAGUUAUUGUAGAUGUUGUAGUUGCUGUAGUUCCUGUAGUUGCUGUAGUUGUUGUAGUUACUGUAGUUUCUGUAGUUGUUGUAGUUCCUGUAGUUGUGUAGUUAUUGUAGUUGCUGUAGUUGUUGUAGUUGCUGUAGUUGCUGUAGUUGUGUAGUUGCUGUAGUUGCUGUAGUUGUGUAGUUAUUGUAGUUAUUGUAGUUGUUGUAGUUGUGUAGUUCCUGUAGUUGUUGUAGUUGUGUAGUUGUUGUAGUUGCUGUAGUUGCUGUAGUUGCUGUAGUUUCUGUAGUUGCUGUAGUUGCUGUAGUUGUGUAGUUAUUGUAGUUGCUGUAGUUGCUGUAGUUGUGUAGUUAUUGUAGUUGCUGUAGUUGUUGUAGUUGCUGUAGUUGCUGUAGUUGCUGUAGUUGUUGUAGUUGUUGUAGUUGUUGUAGUUGCUGUAGUUCCUUUAAUUGUGUAGUUCCUGUAGUUGUGUAGUUGUGUAGUUAUUGUAGUUGCUGAAGUUGUUGUAGUUGCUGUAGUUGCUGUAGUGGUUGUAGUUGUUGUAGUUGCUGUAGUUCCUUUAAUUGUGUAGUUCCUGUAGUUGUGUAGUUGUGAAGUUCCUGUAGUUGUUGUAGUUGUGUAGUUGUUGUAGUUGCUGUAGUUUCUGUAGUUGCUGUAGUUGCUGUAGUUUCCGUAGUUGCUAUAGUUUCUGUAGUUGUUGUAGUUGCUGUAGUUGUGUAG